UGCAGGGUGUAUAUGCAGUAAGCAACUUCAAGCCAAGUGAAGACCGCUCCAGAAGUCGACUGAAUCUACUCCUCCUUAAAGAGCCACAACUUACUUCCCUCCCAAAUGUCAGCCAAUCCGCAGUUAAAAACAGCCAUCAAGGCCACCUCACCCGAGCUCCCAGCCCACCAAAGCCAAUCAUUACAAGGACGUCUUCCCACACGUUGGCUCCUGAACAUCCAGUACCCAUCCUAACGCGGAGCUCCUCCUAUCGAGAGCCAUCUAUGAGCAAUCUGAAGAGAGCCAGUGCUGACGUGGAGGUGAUCACUCAGUCCAGUCCACCAGGAAACCGUGACAAUAUGAUGACUUUUAGCAGCAGCACACUACCAAGGUCUCAUGGAGGCUCCUCAGUGGAGGAGGGCCGUAUUCAAAGGCGCCAUGCCUCUAUCCACACUUCCAUGGACUCCACCCGAUCCAAACAGCUGCUCAGCCAGUGGAAGAACAAGAAUGAUAACAGGAAACUGUCGAUGCAGGCGAUGGAUGGAAUACGGCACCAUCCUUCUUCCUCUCCCCAAAGAAACAUGGAAUUUCGUUGCUCCUCAGAACCAUCUGCCAUGGGCCUGGAGGCAGAGCUCCGGAGUGGGGGCCACAUGCCAUCCGCCUCCAGCCAGGAAGUGGAGAUGCGUACCGGGGCCCACAUCCCAGCACAAUACAUGAAACUUGCAGCAAAUUCUGUGCCUAUAAGCAACCAUAAUCACCUUGCACAUAAUGGGAGCACUGGAAUGGCUGCUGGGGCCCGUGUUGCCAUUCACCCUCGACCUGGCUCCUCCCAGCUUGUUCACAUUCCUGAGGAGGAAAAUCUUCACAGUAAGGAUCAGGAGAGUGAAUCAGAGGACAGCAUGAUGGACGGCGGUGGGUCAGUGAGAGAGAAAUGGCUUAGAGUAGCAGAGAAGACCACCCUUCCAUCCAGACCCUUAAGUGCUGGAGGACAGCCUCGUCUAAUGCAGGUCAUAGCCUUGUCUAAACAGCAAGGUCUCCUUCACUCUCCUCGGUCUGAAGACGGUGGAUCUGUUCGGUACAGGGCACUGACAGACCAAGAUCCAUCUCCACCGGCUUCUACCACUGGGGCAAUAGGAGGAGGAGGUUUGGAAAGAAAUGGCAGUAUAGUUCAUGUAGACGCUCACCCAGAGUCACGACAAAAACCUGUGGUGAAACCUCCAAGCACAGAUGGCAGUGGCUCAUGGCGAUGGAAACCGCCUGAACAAAGAGGAUCUCUGCGGCAGUCAACCUUCGCCCUCAAUGACCUGAACAGACACACAGACAGUUAUGAUUCUCUUAGAGAUGGUGGCUCAGUGGACGGAAGGAGAAGUGUUACAGGGGCUGAAUCAGAGAGCGAAGGUGGCGGUGACGGUGGAGAGAUGGGCAAACACUCCAACCAUCCACGUGCUAGUUACCCUUUAUACCCCCAACAACAACAAUAUAAUCCUAACAAUUACCAGCACCAAAAUUUUAACCCCAACCAUCCCAAUAAUCCAAACUUUAACAAUGCUCAUUCUAAUUUUAACCCAAGCUCUACCAACUCCCACAUCUCUUUGCCUUCUACUGUCACCAAUGCUCCUCCUUUUCACCCUCACCUCCAAGCAGUUACUACUAUUAGGGUCACACCAGUAGAGGCAAAUGCGGCAAGCAGUGAUGGAGGUUCUGACUGCCAGUCGGUUGCCUCAUCCAGCUGUGAGUCCACCCUCAGAAGAAAGGGCAGCACCAACAUCAAGGUCCAAGACCAAGGGCAGACCCCCGAUCUCCACAACAAUCACCGCCCAAAUGAGGAUAACAACCGUCUUGACAGUGAGAGCAGCAACCGUUUCCAUGAAAACCUUCGAAAUUUUCAAGAAAAUCCAAUCACACCUAAUUUCCACAGGCAAGUGCAGGUGGUGUUUGGGCGCUCAAGCCCGACUCCUCCCCCUACUCUGCCCCGUCCCCUUCUCACUCACACCCCACCUCCCACUCUGGGCCUGGCUUAUAAGGAGUGAGUCACCCGGCUGAACCUGUUCGUAAACUGAACAGUUUUACUGUCUGGACUAAAGUUUGGAAGAAUAUGGAAUUAUAUAAUUAGACUCCACAAUCACCUUACAAGGUAGAGGUAGGAAAAGUUUCCAUUUUAAACCAGCCAUCUCUGUUCCAACCAACACCACAAUCAGUUGUGAGUUUUAUGGCCUGGAUUAUAUGUCUAAGAGUUUGAGACAAAUUUUCCAUUAUGUAAUAUUAUUUAUCAUUCUGUUUUCUAUUAUAACCCUAUGGAGAGACUAAGUAACUCUUUUGGUAUUAUUGGUGUUAGCGGGAACCAACACAUGCAUGGCUAUGAGGAUAGAUUGAAACGCCAAAGUGCUUUCCUGUUUUUUUACUCAAAAGAUCAUGGGACUAAUAACUGAUUAUUUGGAGGUUUCUCAGUCUUUCUGCUGAAAAAAGAAAACAACACAGGCACUUACAAAGUGAGCACAUCACUAUUACUGUAAGGAAUGUUUUUGUAUAUAAUGUAAGUUUAUGGGCCAUAAAGCACUUAAGCGCAACCUUAAUUGUGAGCGAGGCACAGCACUGAGUCAAAUUAGAGUCAAAUUGACCCUAAUAGAGUCAAAUUAGAGCCAAGAUAUUAUCAUAUGAUUGCUUUUGUUGUUGUGUUUGUGGUGGUACAGAUAAAUACCAGGAGUUAUAUAUUGUGUAAAAUAUAUAGUGUUUUUCUUUAAAUGAAAGAUUUUACUUUUGUGCUCCUAGUGUGUUGUAGGUGCUUAGACUUGUAAGAGGUGAAUUAUCUAACUGAGAGAAACAGGGUAAGUGGUCAGUACUUUUAUAGCGCUUUCAGUCAUUUACUGCAUUCAGUCAUUCACUCAUUCCCACAAACACUGAUGGUGGCUACCUACAUUGUAGCUGACCUGGGUCUCAAAGUUCAGCCGUACACAGGCACUACUGGCCUGACCGCCAUCAGUAGGCAAUGCCCAAAGGUUACUGAAAGCCGAAACCGGGGCUCGAACCCACAAACGAUGCAGGGCAAACUCCUGCAUCCAAUGGCACUGUCGCCUCUGACUAAAGACCAAAGAUUAAACACAUGAAACUUGUUCUUUUCAAGCAGAAUCCAUAACAAACUUUUUUGUAUUUGUUUUUAUUUUUGUUGUCAAUUUUCUUUUGUUAUUUGAAUUUACUUGGAUCAAAUCAAAAACCAUUUUAUCCAUUGAGUAUUGCCAUAUAAACACCAGCGUAAUAUGGCUGACAUUAGAUGAAAGAGUAAUUUGAGCACUGGCAUUUAAUACGGCUAAUAUAAAUACAAUGCCUCUUAUAAGAAUUAUUAUAGAGCCUAUAUCAUGUUUUUUUUAAGCCUUUCAAAAUUAACAACUGUAAGACAAUUGCCUUAAGCACUACUAGAGUAGUGGUUUGAUAUUAAUUUAAAAAAUGGUUUUCCAACCUGGAAGAAACAUACUUGCCUUCAAAGCAAAGCUCCCUCUCCUUAUCUUUGUACUGCCUAUUACAUGACUUUGCUGUGUCACGCCUCUUCUGAACAAAGUCCAGGAAGUUUGAGGGAGAAUUGCAGAUUUUAAGAAAAGCUAAAAAAAGAGAUGUUGCCGUCAUAUUAGCUGGAAAAAGAACCCCUUCAUCUCACCUCUGCUUGACGGGAGUAAGUGGCCGUGUCCUUACAGUGCCAGCACAACACAGUCAACCUACAACAGUACUUAAAUGGAAAUAUGUUUUAAAGAAUAAGUUGCCAAAUU